AUGCCGUCGACCGCAAACCUUCGCCGCAUCACGCAACACAACCUGCAGACUUUCCGCGAUGCACCGCUGAGCGAGCUCUCUGGGUCGCUGGGCGACCUGGGAACUUUACUCCCCCUACUCGUGGCCUUGACUCUCACUCAUUCUAUUUCUCUGCCCGCGACUCUGAUAUUUACUGGCGCUUCGAAUAUCCUGACUGGUGCGCUGUUCGGUAUCCCACUUCCUGUGCAGCCCAUGAAGGCCAUCGCCUCUAUCGCCAUCGCUCGCAGCUACAGCCUCCACGAGACAGCAGCUGCCGGCAUAGGCGUCGCCGUCGUUGUCGGCAUCAUGAGUGUGACUGGCUUGCUGAGCUGGGUCACACGCGUUAUUCCUAUUCCGGUCGUGAAGGGGAUCCAGGUCGGCGCUGGACUCAGCCUCGUUCUCUCAGCCGGAGAGAAGAUGCUCAAGCCCCUUGGCUGGACAGGACCUUCCCCAGUCGACAACUUGCUCUGGGCCCUGGGCGCUGCACUGGCGCUGCUUGCCUGCACACGCGCGCCGCGAGUGCCCUACGCGCUCCUCAUCUUUAUCCUGGGCCUGAUUCUGGCGGGCGUGAAAGCCCGCGUGAGCGACAUGGAUAGCUCCAGCAUCAUUCCCAGUAUUCCCAUCGUGGUUCCUUCGUGGGCGACCUUUGGCCGCACUUUUGUGACUGCUUCUCUCGGCCAGCUUCCUCUGACUACGCUUAACUCGAUUAUCGCUGUGACCCAUCUCUCCGCCGACCUUCUCCCGAACGUGCCAACACCUACCGUCACUGCCAUUGGAUCCUCCGUUGCGGCAAUGAAUCUUAUUGGAUGCUGGUUCGGAGCUAUGCCCGCCUGUCACGGCUCCGGUGGCCUUGCUGCUCAGCACCGAUUUGGUGCACGUUCCGGCUCCUCAGUUAUCCUCCUUGGUGUUAUUAAGAUGAUUCUGGGCCUCGUCGGAGGCGAAAGUCUCGUCCGUCUCCUCGCGAGCUUCCCGAAGGCGCUCCUGGGUAUCAUGGUGCUCGCCGCGGGCGUGGAGCUGGCCAAGGUCGGCGAAUCCCUGAACGCUGGUGCCAGGGACUUGUGGGAGGAGGCUGAGAUGGAGGCGUCCGGUGCCGUGACGUUGGGCAAGAGGCUACGUGAUCCGAGCGAGGCGGAGCGAAAAGAGCGAUGGGCGGUCAUGAUGGUUACGGUUGCGGGGCUGCUGGCAUUCAGGAACGAUGCUGUCGGCUUCGUUGCAGGACUGCUUUGGCAUUGGGGCCAGAGAGCGCAGCUACCGAGGCUGCAGAGGCCGAGCUGGUGGCAGCGAUGGAGAACGAAUGGGGAGAGGCGCGCGGCCGGCGAAGAGGGAGAGAGCCUGCUGUAG